CUGUCCAAGUAUCUUUCACCCACCCCCACCCCCCCCCCCCCAGACCCUUAAUGUUUCUCUUUGAAGUUUAAAAAUGCAGGUGUGGCUAAACCUUCCUUCCCAACUGCUUUGAAUCUCAAAGAACUCUGGCUGUAUGAGUUCAGUUUUGCUGAGGAGACCUUUACUGCUUCUAUUGAACUGCUUAAAGAAUGCCCAAAUCUACUCACGCUGGGAAUCGUACUAGAAGAUGAGCCAUCUUCCAUGCAUGUGGGAGAAACUAUUUCAAGAAUGUUGGAAAAUCCAAGCGGUUGGCUUAGUGAUCACGAUUUGUGUCGGCUUGAGAAUGUGGAGAUCAGAUCAUUCAAGGGAUCAAGACAAGAAAUGCUAUUUGUGAAAGCAAUCCUUUCAAAAUCCCCCGCACUUGUGAGACUUGUUAUUGAGGAUUCAGACGACAUUGAUGAUGUUGCUCAAGCACUCAAAUUGUCACGGGAGUUGCUCUCCUUCCCUCGCGCAUCUCCAAAAGCACAGGUUGUUUUCGUGGACUCUAAAUAUAGCAAUACCACAAUGCUAAAUUGAUUUACUCCCUGGCCUAUUACAACUGUGGAGUUAAUUGGAUUAGCUUUGAAGAGAUGUUCCUGGAUAUGAGUUAAAAGUUUGAAAAUACCAAAAUAGGAGUCAUAUGUCUUUUUGAAACCAAACCAGAAGUAUGAUGAUAGUGGGGCGUAAGAAUACGCAUUCACAGUGUGAUAGAAAAUUGAUGACACAUGUCAGUGUGAUGAGUCAAGUGUCGGUGAUUUGCAGCGGCACUCUAGUGGCCGGCGGAGACGGAUGACAGGGUCGUGUUGAUAAUGUGACAAUUACAAUGUGACAAUAUAGUGAGCGUGGCAGUGUACCAAUGACGGUGUAAAUUCUUAUAUUGGUAUUGAAACACAUAUGAAUCUUAUUUUGAUAUUUUUAGAGUUUUUUACACCUAUUUAGAGAGCUUUUCCUUAGCUUUAAUUGGCACAAUGAAUAGGUCUCAAUUUU